AUGCGAGUGCUCGCCACCCUUCUCAAGCUCCUUCUCACGACGCUGUUCUGGUGGGGUGUACUGGCCAUCGAUUUGCCAACACAAGUCAGUGUACAAACCAGUCAUCCGCUCGAAGAGAUCCUCAAGGCGGCGCAUAUCGAGCUCUCGGAGCUGAAAGACGAUGCUCUCGCUCAAGAUGCGGCCAGAUCCCUUAUCGUCGAUGCUCAGAAGGCACGUAUUGCCAUCGCUAAACACGCGAUUGAGUCCGGAACACAGGCGGGAUCGGCCUUGGUGAGUGCGAAGAAGCUGCAGGAUGAGUUAAUGGAACGAGUGCAGUCGCAUCUUGUGGCUCAGCUUGACCAAAGGGAAAGGUUGGGAGAGAUAGAGUGGAAGCUACAUCGCGGAUUCAAAGAAGGUGUGGUCGAGGCGAAUGACGACUUCUUUACUGAUCAACUUUUGCGGCCAGAGAAAUACCUUCCGAGCGAGAAGAGGCUUCCUCAAGAUGCAGACCUGAUGGAAAGGCUAAGCUUCCUCUUGAUUCGUAUCAGAGCAUUGCUUAAGGAUAUUGACCCGGUCGCGGCGUUCAGGAGAUGGAAGAUUCGGCGUCUCCUCAAGAAGCUCUCGACCACUCAGACAGGCAUCCCAGCACUGCCGCCUUCAGUGGAGAGGCCUCCUGCAUCCAAUCCAGCUCCUUGGAACAUGGCACAGUUGAGAGCGCGGUUGUCGUCCAUCACGGCGCUCAGAAGCACACAAUCGCAAACGGCGGCGGCUGAAGCCAGAGACGCAUCUGCAGCAGACCUGAUUGACAAUGCACCGGCAAUUCGCUCCGAAGUCGUUCUCAAAAAACCCCGAUCCAAGGCAAAGUCGAUAUCCAGAAAGGAUGCAAAGUACAAGCCUCUACCAGGAGGAGAUGGAACCAAGGCGGAUCGAAAGUGGAUCAAGACCUACCGCAGAGUGGGUCCGGCCGCCCGACUGGAACGAUGUGGCGAUUCCCGCAGUGGCUUUUUAAGACUGUGGCUUCCAAGAUCCCAGAGUCUCGUCUGUGCUACGGCUGCAGGGGCUAGUCCCGUGGCUCGGAGUUGGAGAAAAUCUUGCCAAUGA